AUGACUGCGACAUCGACCGCCGAGCUGGCCAUCUAUGCUGCUCUUAGCAUUCCGAACAUAUACAUCCUGUUCAAACAUGGUCGCACUGGAUUGCUUGGAUGGGCUUACCUUCUCGUAUUCUGUACGCUGCGUAUCGUUGGAGGUGCUCUGGAUCUGUCCGGAAGUACCACAGCAGGCAUUAUAUCAAGCAUUGGCCUAUCUCCUCUUCUCCUUGCUGCGUCUGGCAUUCUCAAAGAAGCGAGGACUUAUUACUGCGACCCUUUGGAUAAAAAGGUGGAAUGGACUGUCGUGCUGUUGUUUCACGGCAUUGCUACUACCGGUGUUGCUAUUCUAGCCAUUGGCGUGUCGAAUCUGGAUUCUAGCAACGUCAAACCCUCAGAUGUUCCCACGGACGAUGCUAUGGUGAAAGCUGGUAUAGCUCUUUUGACUCUCUCUUGGGCGAUUGUUGCCAUUGUAUCAGUAUGGGCACUCGCUCAUCCAGCAAAAUCUCAAAAGUCAAAGUCUUCUAUUGUUGCAGGAACCAGGCUUCUCUGGUCUGUCCUCAUAUCGGAUGUUUUCAGUGGCAUUCGGGUUAUUUACACCCUCGUUUCGCUGGUCACACAAGACGAGACUCUAAACCCUGUUACAGGCUCUCUCACAAUACGUGUCCUCUUAUCGUUGAUACCGGAAUUGGUUUGCGUACUGGCUUUCCUAACAGCUGGAUUUGUCACGCGAAAUGCUGCUCGAGAUUCCUCAAAGGCAAACAGGGCUGCAGGUAGGAGGGAUCUCAACAGCGCAGAGAUUUAA